GCGGGCCUGGGGAUGCUCGUCCCGCCGGUUCCCUGGGGCUCCCGCAGGGGCUGUGCGGGCGGGCCGGGCCGGGGCUGCCGCCGGGCACAGCGGGGACACGGCUCCGGCAGCUUCUGCCUGCUGGGCAUCUCCUGCGGGUCUCUGUGAUGGGUCGGGUCUUCAGAAGCAAAGUCAGCUCGGCGCUGAGGGAGGGCGGGUGCUGCCGAGGUCUUGUGCUCCAGCGAGUAGGAAAACGAGACGGGCGGCUCGUGGGCACCGGCUGCUUCGAGCCUAAAGAAGGGACGGGAGGGCAUUUAAGUGCUGCUCUGGAGCAGAGCAGUGCCCGGAGCCCUUCUGCUGGUCUCCCAGGAAGCAGAUGCUGUGCUCCUCACCACUGGGUAUCAUCCCACACACCAGAAUAAGGACCUUCAGUCAGCAAGUAUUUACAUCUCUGCUUAACCUCUUUAUUUCCAACAACCCUUUCCCUGCUCUUCAAGAUGGACCAGUCGUCUCCAACCUACAUGCUUGCCAACUUAACCCACUUGCAUUCCGAGCAGCUUCUGCAAGGCUUGAACCUCCUUCGGCAGCACCAGGAGCUCUGCGACAUCGUCCUUCGGGUGGGGGAUGUCAAGAUCCACGCCCACAAGGUGGUGCUGGCCAGCAUCAGCCCCUACUUCAAAGCCAUGUUCACCGGGAACCUCUCGGAGAAGGAGAACUCGGAGGUGGAGUUCCAGUGCGUGGACGAGGCGGCGCUGCAGGCCAUCGUGGAGUACGCCUACACGGGCACUGUCUUCAUCUCACAGGACACUGUAGAGUCACUUCUUCCAGCUGCCAAUCUCCUCCAGAUCAAACUGGUGGUGAAGGAGUGCUGUGCAUUCCUGGAAAGCCAGCUGGAUCCUGGGAACUGCAUCGGGAUCUCUCGCUUUGCGGAGACCUACGGCUGCCAUGACCUCUACUUGGCCGCUAACAAGUACAUCUGCCAGAACUUUGAGGAGGUUUGUCAGACAGAAGAGUUCUUUGAGCUCACGCAUUCCGAGUUGGAUGAAAUUGUCUCCAAUGACUGCUUGAAUGUCGUGACAGAGGAGACCGUGUUUUAUGCCCUGGAGUCCUGGAUCAAGUACGACGUGCAGGAGCGGCAGAAGUACCUGGCCCAGCUGCUGCACUGCGUCCGCCUGCCCCUGCUCAGCGUCAAGUUCCUCACCAGGCUGUACGAAGCCAACCACCUCAUCCGUGAUGACCACACCUGUAAACACCUGCUGAACGAGGCCCUGAAAUACCACUUCAUGCCUGAGCACAGACUUUCCCACCAGACCAUGCUGAUGACACGGCCUCGCUGUGCUCCUAAAGUUCUCUGUGCUGUGGGAGGAAAAGCUGGGCUGUUUGCCUGUCUGGAAAGUGUGGAGAUGUAUUUUCCCCAGAAUGACUCCUGGAUCGGGCUGGCACCUCUCAGCAUUCCCCGCUAUGAGUUUGGGAUCUGUGUCCUAGACCAGAAGAUCUAUGUUGUGGGAGGGAUUGCCACCCAUGUGUGCCAGGGCAUCAGCUACCGCAAGCACGAGAGCUCAGUGGAGUGCUGGGACCCUGACACAAACACCUGGACUUCCCUGGAGAGGAUGUUUGAGAGCAGGAGCACCCUGGGAGUGGUGGUUCUGGCCGGAGAGCUCUACGCCCUGGGGGGCUACGACGGGCAGUCGUACCUACGGACUGUGGAGAAAUACAUUCCCAAAGUGAAGGAGUGGCAGCUGGUGGCCCCAAUGAACAAAACCAGGAGCUGUUUUGCUGCAGCUGUCUUGGAUGGGAUGAUAUAUGCCAUUGGUGGCUAUGGUCCUGCCCACAUGAACAGUGUGGAGCGUUACGAUCCCAGUAAAAACUCCUGGGAGGCAGUGGCUUCCAUGGCUGACAAACGAAUAAACUUUGGUGUCGGCGUCAUGCUGGGCUUCAUCUUUGUAGUAGGAGGGCACAACGGUGUGUCUCACUUGUCAAGCAUUGAGAGAUACGAUCCUCACCAGAACCAGUGGACAGUGUGUCGGCCCAUGAAGGAGCCCAGGACAGGAGUUGGUGCAGCUGUAAUUGACAACUACCUGUACGUGGUGGGAGGGCACUCGGGGUCAUCCUACCUGAACACUGUCCAGAAGUAUGACCCCAUCUCAGACACCUGGCUGGACUCUGCUGGCAUGAUGUACUGUCGAUGCAAUUUUGGUUUGACUGCACUUUGAUGGAAGGCAGGACUUCGACAGACCUGAUGCAAAGAUGGAGCUUAAUCUUCUUGGAAAUAAACCCUGCUGGUGGAGACCACGAGCUGCAUUUCCUGGAGCUGGGAAGUCGGAGGGAUGUGGUUAAGUUGGGCUGGAAUCAGGAAGGAAUUGUUUUCUUCUGGUAAUUGGCCUCUGUUACUUUAGGGACACGGGCAGAAGGAAUGGAAAGGUUAUUCCCAGCUGUGUUCAGAGGGCACCCAGUUUUGGCAGUGGAUUUGAGAGAGCACUGUACAUGCCUGGGAUAUGGUUAGAAACUUACUGUACAUCUAACCCUUUCACUUUCUAGAGCUUUUCUCUCUUCCUCCUGCCUACUAUGAAACAUGAAGUUUACUGUGCUUGGGGUGAGAGAGGUGUGAGUGUGGUGUGUGUCUGGACACGUUGCUGACACUCGUCUGGUUGUGUCUUCAUAUUAAGAAAAUGCCAGUGCUUCAUAAUUUUUUUUAUGAACAGUAACUAAAGGGCUGCCUUGUUUCUGUGUCUCAAGGUUUGUAAAUAAUCAACGCCAUAGUUUGUUGCCUGUACACUCUCCUUUGUUACCUGCUUCCUGGUGGGAGUGCUGGGAUGGUAAUUAGUAACUACUUAAAGGAAUUCACAAGGCAAAUUGCCUCUUACCAAAAAUUUUGGACCUGAUAAAGUGAAAUCACAUUUUUAACUUUCCCUUUUAUUUUCUUUCUGUGGGUAAAUGAAUGCUAGAUUCAGUGACUUAAUCUUGCCUGCUGUGUGUUUUUAAUUGUAAUGCAAGGAGGAACUCCAGCAGCCAUGCACCAGGAGAUUCCACAGCAGCAUUCAUAGCAGGACUGAAAAUAAACACCCCAAAAUGCCUCCGUCCCACCCUCCUCCCAGUGCACUUGUGCCCACGUUCCGUACAACUUCCUUUUCAAAAAGAAUGUAUGAUUGCUUUCUCAGAGUGUUCAGAUAUAAAAAUGGUGCUAAAUGUAGGACUUAACAAUAAGGCUGUUACUGAUUUUAGUGCAGAUGCAUAAAGCAUGGUUGUUUUAAUGGUUUUGGUUCUUACUUGCUUGAUACAUCCGUGCCUAUGGAAACUGUCAAGAAUAACACCACCUACUGAAUGAGCUGUUUGUUACAUGUUUGGGGUUUUUUCAGCAGAUCUGCAGUUUUUUUCUUUUUGUUCCUAUUUUUUGUUCCUAUUCCCGCAAAUACUUAAGUAGGGAGUGAAAAGUGAGAUCCCACCUCGGGUUCUCUAGGCAGCCUUGCCUUUAACACAGGCUGCAAGGAAGGACAGGAUGAAAAGCCCAGGACAAAGCUGCUCAUCCUGAGUGUGUAACGGAGUGCUGGAGGGCACUCCUGAGCCUCCCCAGCAUCUCAGGAGAUACAGCUUUGCCAUAGCCCUGAACUUAGUGAAGAAUAGGGCAGAGACCUAGAAGGAGAUGCUGUGGGUUAUCACCAUUAUUUAAAAUAGAUGAUGGAGUAAAUAUGAAUUUUAGUUCUUGUAGAAUGUUUUGGUUUGUCUUCUCAUCUUAAGUAGGAGUCGUGGUUGUCUUGAAUUUCUGUUUUGCUGUCUGUGUGUGUGUCACCAGGCCUGGUACUGAAGAAUUCUGCCUCCAGAGUUACUUUCCCCUUGUUUUAACAUGUUAAAUUAAAUGUUUGUUUCUCCUUGUUUUUCAAGCCCAUAUAGUAUUAUUUUUUAAAGUGCAAUAAUAUUUGAACUAGUUGCUUUUAAAGCCAUUUCUUUAGAAGUAUGUUAAGUGGAGGGUUUUGAGUGUGCUUGAUUUAUUCCAAGUUCCUGCAAAGCUGAUUGCAGCCAGGCAGACAGUGGUGUUCCUUGUUCUUCCAGACACUAACCUUCAGAUUUGGAAGUAGGAGACAAAGGUGUUUUCACCACAAAUCAUUAUCCAGAGCUAAAAGGUGAUCACACAGAUUAUAAAUUCCUGCACAAGUUCUUCAGAUUUGGUAGAAUUAAGCAGGACUGUAAAAGCAAAUAAAAUUGACAAUUUCAGUGCAGUUUAUGUGACCCACUAAGGAUUCUAGUUAUAUAGCAAUAAUAGUGUGAUUGAAUUACUGCAGUGACUGUGACGGGACACAAGCAGCUCCAUGGCUGGUGGGGAAGGGCAGGGCUGGAGGGAGGUUUCUCAGCCUGGUCCUAAAUUGCCCUCUCCUUCAGUUCUGGAGCUGCAGGCCCUGCCUGGGCCAUGGGCUGUUGCACUGCUCACUCUGUCCCACAGAGAUAACUUUGGUUAUUGUAUUUUCCAAUAUACACCAGAGAUAAAGACGCUUAAAAAAAGCUGAUAUGAAAAAAACCCAAAAACCUAAAUUACUUCCUGAAGAUAAGUUUAUGCCUGUUAUUGUUAGGAGGCAUUCCAUGCAGUUGGGCACGUAUGGUAGGUACCUUUUAGAGUCUUAACUGCAGCGGGAUUGCAUGAAUGGAGAGGCUCUCAUACUUGUUCUGAUGGGAGCUGCUAAUAAACACUGGUCUCAGUUCCUACAAAGUGGUGCAAGACACAGAAACUGUUUUAAUAGAAUCCCAGACUAGUUUGGGUUGGAAAGGACCUUAAUGAUCAUCUAGUUCCAACCCCUUGCAUGGGCAGGGACACCUCCCCCCAGACCAGGUUGCUCAUCAAGUUUUGAUGUCAUCAGAACAAACAAUCAGCAGAUGGGAUGGUGUUGAUGGCUGCUCGAUGUUAAUAUAUACAUCUUGCAUUUAUGGAAGUCAGAGCACUUAAAAUGGCAAAAUGUUUUACUCUACUUAGGCAGGGACAGUGUCAGGUCAUCGGGACUGACCCCACACUGUGCCAUGUGGUGUUCCUGAAUUUAAGAUACCAGCAGAAACAGUUUUUUAAUGUGCAGGCUUGGUAUGGAGAAUGGGAAAGACCCCUCAUGAGCUAAACUGCUGCUGUUAGCUGAACUGGUUAGUGAGAAGUAGGUGGAACGGUGUCCCAACCUGGGGAUGGUGUCACUUACAAUCAUGGCACCUUCAUUUCUGCUCUGGGUGCUUGUUGUCCUGCUUUCUGAGGUGCUUGGUGGUAGGAAGAUCACACACAACAAUCAGUUUGAAUCUGCAUUUAAAGAACAAUACUCUCAGUGUAAUGUCUGUCUUGCAGUUUAAGAAUUAAGGACUUUCAAAUAAGAUGUCAUACAACUAUAAAUUAUCAUCCAGUUCUAUUUCUUAAUCGCUCAAAAUUAUCUGUAAAGCACUUUAAAAUGGGUAUGAGUUUAUAUGUGUACAUACAGUUCCUGAAUUUCUGCAUUUUCUUUUGUGUUAAUCUGUAAGCUUCCUGACAGUUUCUCCUACUAGGAAUGCUUUUCUUUCUGAAGGUCUGCAUGGGAUUUCUGGAGGGGCAGGUGUGUCCAGUCCACAUUACACACAGUUAGCUGUUCCUGGGAGGCAGCGUCUUGCUUCUGUGAGUUUGCCAUCUGUAAGUCCCCAUUCACUAUAUGAAACAAUGCAAAAUGUCCAAACUUGCCUUAAAUUCUUGAUAUUGAACUGAGACACAAAGAACUGGAUGAUAAUUCCUAUUUUUUUGCCUUAUGCGCUGUGCUGUAUUUUAAACCCAAGGAUAACUGUAAUUUUUAGCAGCAUUUAAUAACUGUACAGAGAAUACCAAAUUGUACUCGGACUUGACCGGAGUGCUUUGGUUGGGAGUAUAAAAUGAUCCGUGUAGUUUUGUGUACCUGGAGUGUUUUUAUGUGUACACCUUUUUUAGCAGCAAUGUUCUGGUUUUGUUACUGUUUACAAAAGUGGCAUUUGAGUUCCAUAGGAAAACACCUGUAACCUGCCCUCUCGGUCUUGACUCGUGUCCUCCACGUGUUUGCUCCUGUGAUCAUGCUCUGUAAGUAUUGUUGUAACUAUUUCAUUGAAUGUGAAACAGUUUAGUAAAUAAACCUGGGGGAAAAAAGCCUUGUUCUUACACUUUCAUUGGGUGGUAUGAAUAUGCUGUAGCUUUAGUUUUCUGAGGUGGUAACCUCUUGGUGAGCUGUUCAGAGGGGGUGGUAGCUGACUGCAGGGUGAGCUGAAGGGGAGGUGGAGCAGGAGUUGCUCACCCUUCACAGAUCCACACAGAACCAUGCUGGUUGGAAAAGUCCAACCAGUCCAACCAUUAACCCAGCUCUACCCAGUCCAUGUCCCCCAGCACCACAUCUACACAUCCUUUAACUGUUUCCAGGGAUGGUGAUUCAACUACUGCCCUGGGCAGCCUGUGCCAGUGUUUGAUAACCCUUUCAGUGAAGAAGUUUCUUCUAGUAUCCGAUCCUUCUUUGGAGGGUUGUGCUGGCUGGAAGACCCUGACCCCAAUAACCACAUCACUGGGUCUUUACCCCAUUGGUGGUAGAAGCUCCCGUGGAAGAGGGUUUAGAACCUCUUGCUGUUUCCCAUCUGUCCCUCUAGCUGUAACUACCAUCUCCCAGAUGAGUCAGUCACCAGGGAAGGAGCACACAGCCCUUGUUCCUGCUUUCCUUGGCAGGAGAGUGUGCUCAGGAAGGCUCCCACACAAAUUGUUCCCUCCUAGUGAAGGCCCAGCAUCCCAGAGUGACUGCAGAAACACGGGCUGUGCAGGGCCAGGGGGUGUGCAGCAGGAGACCUUCAGUUUGCUGUUGGACAGGCCUUCCCAGCUGUGUUCCAGGUGGUGCUUUCACCUGGGCUGGUGGGCACCCUUCUCUCUCCCUCAGUGAAACGGAGAUCUAAGGUUUGCCAGUUGGGCACUGAAAUUAUUUUGUUGCUGGCUUCAUCUCAAAAACAGGCAGAAAGGGCUAUUUUUUUUUACCUAGUUGAGAGCAGGGACCUCCCUCUCCUGCCCAAGGCCUGAGCUCAGCUCCUGGUUGCUGCCCCAGGAGAUGCCCUGCACCAGUGGUACCCCAGGUGCUCAAUGAUACUGUCCAGAAAACAUAGGGAAUCGUGCCAGCUGUGAACUCCAGCUCAGGAACACUGACUUCUGUACUCUGAGUCAUGCUCAGCUGGCACAAAAGGAAAAUACUCAAGUGAUUUUUUUUUUCAGGGGGGAAAACAACACAACAAA